AUGCAGGAUCACAUUCGCACAAAGUAUGCAUUAAAAAGUAACUUGAAUUACAAAUGUAUUUCAAAACUUGGACUACUUACUCAAUUAGAAGGACAUCAAGGAUGUGUUAAUUGCCUCCAAUGGAAUGAAAAUGGAAGCACUUUAGCAUCAGCAUCUGAUGACUAUCAAGUAAUAUUAUGGGAUCCAUUUUUACAGAAAGUUAAAACUACUAUUAAAACUUUACACCGUGGCAACAUAUUUUCUGUCAAGUUUAUACCUAAUUCUAACGAUSAUAUAGUUGCAACUGGAGCUGGUGAUUGGAGUUCACAUACAUAUAAUGUAACAACAGGUAAACAAUUAACCAGUUGCAUUUGUUCUCAAGGACGAAUCAAACGUUUAGCUGUAGCAAAUGAUGCGCCUAGUGUUUAUUGGUGUGCCUCAGAGGAUGGAUGCAUUAGUCAACAUGAUAUGAGAAUUAGCCAUGAAUGUCCUCACGGUAAAUCUAAAACUACUUUGGUCACUGUAUAUGGUGAUUUGGGAAAAAAGAUAGAAGCUAAAUGUCUAGAUAUUAACCAACUUAGAACUGAGCAGCUUGCAGUUGGUGCUAAUGAUCAAUAUGUGAGAUUGUAUGACCGCAGAAUGAUUCAAUCGCUGUCAUCAUUUGCCUUGAAAUAUCCAUAUCCUAAAAAAUAUGUCUCCGAGUAUAAUGCUGCUUUAAAUGAUGCUAACARUGCACUUCAAUAUUUUGUACCGGGUCACAUCCAUUUGAAUGACAAUGAUCCAAUACCCAGAAGACAAAAAAGUUAUGUUAUUACUUAUUUGACUUUUAGUCCUGAUGGACAAGAGUUGUUGGUUAAUUAUGGUGGGGAAUAUGUAUAUUUAUAUAACUUAGCAAAUCGAGCUGAUAAUGCAUUUUUCAAUAUUCCCAAAGUUUUGAAAGUUCCUCGAGAAAACGGGGAAGGUUCUUCUACAGAUUUAAUAGAUGAUCCUGUUCCUGUUCCUCAUUUGACACUACCAGAUAAAGUAGUUCAAUUAAAAUUAAAGGCAAAUUAUUUAUUUGAAAAAGAAGAUUAUACUGCUGCUAUUAACCUUUAUAAUGAAGCUAUAAGUAUUCAUAAAUGCAGUGUACUGUUUUCGAAUAGAGCUGCAGCCUAUAUUAAAAGAAAGUGGCAUGGAGACUUCUACGCAGCUCUCAAGGACUGUGUUGAUGCAUUAAAACUGGAACCUAACCAUAUGAAAGCACAUUUCCGGUUGGCAGUAUGUCUGUACGAAUUGGAUAAGUUAAAAGAUUCUAAAAUGUAUUUAGAUCAGUUUACAAUGAAGUACCCUUCAUAUAAAACUAGUGCCGCAUACAAAUGUCUUCAYAGUGAUUUGUUAAAUGCACAAUCUAAUAAAGAUAAAUCUGAUGGAAAAAAACCCCGUGAUAUGUUUGAUUCUAUAUCAAAUGUUCCAGAUGCAUCACAUAUUGAACAAGCCCAAAAGAUAAAUAUUGAGAAAUAUUUUCGUAAUCAGGCUAAAGAUUACGAUCGCAGAUAUUGUGGUCAUUGUAAUACAUCUACUGACAUCAAAGAAGCCAACUUUUUUGGAAGCCAUAAUCAAUUCAUAGUAGCUGGUUCUGACGAUGGUUUAUUUUUUAUAUGGGAAAAAAAUACAGAGAAUAAUUUGCUCAUACUGAAAGGGGAUAGUUCAAUCGUAAAUUGUAUACAACCACAUCCUUCAGAAUUUUURUUGGCAACCAGUGGCAUUGAUAAUGAAGUCAAAUUAUGGAGUCCAUUGCCAGAUGAUGUGGAUAAUACAUGUAUAAUAAAACAAUAUAGCACAACAGCUAUGUUAAACCAAAGACGUAUGAUGGCUGAUCCGUUUGAAGUAAUAUUGCGUAAUAUGAGAAGAACUGCGCAAUAUGGACCUGACAGUAUUGACUUGGCCACUAUACGUGAUCAAUAUGGAAUAGAUCCGUUAUCUGAUGAGUUUAAUGAUUGCCGAAUGAGUUGAUAGAAACACAAUUUAUUUACUUUUUUUUAUUAAUAUAAAAUAUAAAUAAAUAGUAUCAACUGUAUAUAUUUUUUUUAUGUUACUUUAUCGACAAGGAUUGUCUGUUUUGCAAUGUCCAACUUUAAUUCAAUUUCAUUUACUUCUGGUAAACUCAUAUCACCAAUCUGAAAUAAAAUAUAUAUAAUACAU